CAACGAUGCAAAGAUCUCUCACCUUCAACGUUGAUUGUGUUUCUCCACAAGAACCAGCACAGCCUCGCAUAAUGUCGACAAACCAGGCAGCAGUAAAGGAGGCCCAUGUGGUGCAGGGCAGGGUGAUUUGGCUGCCAGUGGAGGAGGAUCUGCCCCAGGGAGCGGUUCAGAGAGUAAAUGGCAGAUGCGUUGACGAAGGCAUCUACGGACAUCCAGUUGUUGUGGUUUCGCGGCCUGCCGAGGACAGCCAUACAGUUCACUUCCAGAUUAUCACCUCGAGGCAGCGCAAACCCCUUGGCAACAUGUACAACAGAUCAAACUUCCACCUCGGCCGUCGCAACACGUAUUUGCCAAUAGCAUCACCGGAUGCGAACUCGAAAAAGGCAGCAAAGGAGCUUCAGACGCUGAGGCUAAAAAACGGUGCCCGGUUGCAAUGGGGCACACACGUAAACAUCCGACACGUCUACAAGAUCGAUUGGUCCCUCCUAAAAGCGUAUACGAAUCCCGAGACACCCGAUACAAAGCAGUUCCGCUUUGAUCGCGAGUCUAGAAAGCGGUUGUUGGCCAAGACCAUGGCCCUGGCCCAUUACGAGCCUGGUUCGCAACACCGAAUGCGUGCUUUGCGAGCUUUGGAGCGAAGGCGCGCCAUUUUCCAAUCGGCUUCCGAAAAGCAACGGCCAAUGCUGCGAAGAGCACUCACCGAUUCCAUGCUGGCGUCGCAGUGUAUCGUUCGAAGGGCCCAUACUCGAAGACUAUUGGUUUCGGAGGAUCGUCCCAUGCGGUCGGGUGCUCGAUUGCCCAAUCUCAAGAAUAAAUCCACAACCACACAAACAUCCGAGGUCCAGUCGGAUACAGCAGUUGGGACAAAAAGACCCAGUCCAGUGGUACGGACGAUGAGACAUCCAUUGGACUUUCUGUUGGGACGCGUCACAGCUGGGUUCAAGGUGUCUAAGGCGACUAAUGAGCCGCCUCAAAGACGAGAGAAGAGCCAUAUAUGGACAAAUGCGAAGGGUGCGCUAGCAGUCCUCGUAGCCUCAAUAUAAGAACAAAUGAAUAUAAAUCGUAAACGAUCUUGAAA